AUGACUUUGAAAGUCAGUCGAAACGAAACGAGAGGAAACAUUAUUAGAGAGCCGCCAAAACAUAGGAUCGAAGAAGAAAAGGUCGGCGACCCUCGCUUGGGGAAUCCUUUGGUCCUCGGACAGUCUAUUUGCACGCCUCGUGCAGCACACACAAUACACACAGAAGACACACGGCUGGAUUAUGUGCUGACAUUCGGCCUUUGCCGUUGGCAAGUUGAAUCGCUACCUCAUUCCGGAUAG